AUGAUACGAGUAACUACAUCUAUAGUACAGGCUAUAUUGGUGGAUUUGCAAAUCAUACAAAAUAACCCAUUCUCAAUUAUCACAUCCCCUGAUACUUAUAAUCCUCCAUUUACAAAUUCUCUUGAUGUUUGGUACAAUGUAACUGAUGGUAUUCCUCAUCACCAUGAAGAAAGCUGGGGCUUUAUAGGGUUAGCCAUACUUUUCGCGGGGUUUGACGUAUUGUAUAGUAUGUUUCGCUUGUUUGCCGCUGGUUUAAUAGGGGGUACUAUGAUAUGUGUAUGCAUGACAGCAUUUUUAUGGAUUGUAGUCACCUUGAAAUAUAGAUGGCAAAUGUUGAAGCGCUUUGGUGAAAUUGAUUGGACAAUAGUGUGUUAA